AUGGCCGACCACGACGACAAUGUAAUUCCUCAGGACGAAGAUGUGUCCACCCAACCCAUCGCAGUUCCGGAUUCCGCUGAUGGGGAGAGCGGCAAGCUCAAGAUGAUCCUGCAGCUCUUGAAGAAAUGCUUAGGCGUCAAGGAUAUUGCUGCCAUGCGGUUGUCGCUUCCAGCAUCACUGCUGGAGCCCAUCCCGAAUCUGGAGUACUGGCACUACUUGGACAGGCCGGAUCUGUUCGCUGCUAUUAACGACUCAGAUGAUCCCUUCGAGCGUAUGCUCGCCGUGCUACGCUUCGCGUUCUCUAAAGAUAUCAAGUUCAUCCGCGGAAGGGUCGUCAAGCCAUACAACUCGGUGCUCGGCGAGCACUUCCGCUCGCACUGGGACGUUAUACCUGUAGCCUAUUCCUCGGAUCCCUUGCAGCCGCCCAUCCAGCACCUAUAUCUUACCCCCGCGGCGGCGGAAUCCAGCUACUCCACCAUAGCGCCGACGCCCAAGUCAGAGACGGCGAGCAUCCGGAGCGGGAAGAGCGGGAAAAGCGGGAUGAGCACAUUGAGCGGGCUGAGCGCGCUCACGUCGACGUCGCGGGGAUAUUCGACGCCGGGAAAGAGCACGCCGGGGACGUCGCCGUCGAUUGGGGAGACGGAUAUUGACGCGGCGAUGUCCAACCUCGACCUCGUCGACAGCAGCGCGUCGAGCCGCACAGACCUGAUCGAGGCGGGGGAGGCGCCCGCAGAGGCGGAGCACGAGCGCGUGCGCGUCGUGUUCCUCACGGAGCAGGUGUCGCACCAUCCGCCCGUGUCUGCGUUUGUCGCACGGUGUCCGAGCCGCCACAUCGAGCUGCGCGGGGUCGACCAGAUCUCAGCCAAGGUCUCGGGCACGGCGCUGCGGAUCAUACCGGGCUCGCUCAACAAGGGCCUCUUCGUCAAGCUCACCGGCGGCGCGGACGCGGGGGAGACGUACCACAUCACGCAUCCCGUGGGGGCUGUGAACGGCAUGCUGCGGGGCAGCUUCUACGUCACGAUGGGCGAGGCUACGAUCAUUACCUGCAGCGGCGGCGCGGAGGGCAAGAAGCUGCGCGCGAUCAUAGAGUACAAGGAGGAGUCGUGGCUCGGCCGCGCGCACUUUCUCGUCGAGGGUGUCGUGCACGAGUACUCCCCCGGCGAGACGCAGCAUCUCGAGUGGACGCGCGUCAAGCAUGUCCCGCAAUCAUGCGUGGUCGCGACGUUCGACGGCUCGUGGAAGCACCUCAUCCGCUGGAGACGCGUCGACUCCACAGAGAACGCGACACUAAUUGACCUAUCGACACUCCAUGCUAUUCCCAUGUCGGUUCGCCCACUGGAGAAGCAACAUCCAAGAGAGAGCCGGAAGCUCUGGGAGAACGUCACCAGCGGUUUGCUCAAGAAGGAGUACUCGGAGGCGACGAAGCACAAACUCUUCAUCGAGCAGAGGCAGAGGGACGAGGCUGCCGAGCGCAAGCGAAGGGGUGCCAAGUUCAUCCCUCAGUACUUUGAGAGCGACAUAGAUUCUGGAUACCCGACCCUCACCGCCGAAGGACAGAAGGCGGUUGAAGAGGAAUUGGAGGAAGAAGAAGGGGCCUGA